AUGUGUGCGAGUCUCUUGGUAGAUCCUUUAGCUGGGCAUCCCACCACUUUUGGUAAUACUGGUCGAAUUGGACAAGUGGUGAAUUUAUGGAGUGAACUCACGGGUUUCAGUGACUGGCAAUAUGAGCUCGGCGUUCAAAUCGUGGACGUUUGCAUUAGCACGCGGUCACAAAAUGGGGGAAUUAUUACAAUGGACGCUCUGAUUCGAGGUGUGCUCCAUCUCCGCCACGGCAAACAUUCUUAUUGUACUGAGUCACUACAAGAUAAUGAAUGGAAAAUUAGCUCAAGCGAUAUUGAACGAAGUAUAAAGGCGCUUGAACCAUUGGGGUGUGGCUACGAAGUUUUUGAUUUGCAAGGAAUAAAAAUGGUGCGAACUGUUGCCCGUGAACUUAGCACAGAUUCCAAACAUGUCCUCAACUUUCUCGCGUUAAAACAUAUUGCACCGCGAGAUUAUGUGGGUAUCCCUUACGCGACGCCAGAGUCCAUUCUUUCAUCGACAGAAAAGUUAAAAGAAACCAAGGAUGCUUUUUGGACGAAAGACCGUGCUGCAAAAACACUCGAGGAUAUGCUUAUGGAUGACGGAACACUUUGGCUCGACAUUGUUCCAAACGACACGAUUUGUGGUUCGUCUGACUAUGAGAGAAAACGAUAUUACGCAAUUGCGCUUUCUGAGAUUAACAGCGAAUCUACCCAAUAA